CCGCACCCUUUUCCUAUUUCUUCUUCAUUUCCCAACUACACUAUAUUUCUUCGUUUCAAUUAUUUUUAUUGAUCUAAUUAAUCUUGUAAAAUAUGAGCUGCGGAUGUGAUUCUUGUGAUGAGAUGCUAAUAUCGGAUACCCCUGAACAAUUAUUUUUUGAGAAUUCAUCAACUUCUUCUUCUGUUGAUUCCAUGGAGCUUUCAUUUGAAAAUUAUGGUUGUAGGCAUUAUAAGAGAAGGUGUAAAAUCAGAGCACCCUGCUGUAAUGAGAUAUUUGAUUGCAGGCAUUGCCACAAUGAAGCAAAGAAUUCACUCGAAAUCGAUGCUUUGGAUCGACAUGAUAUACCACGGCAUCAUAUUAAAAAGGUUAUAUGUUCCCUCUGUAGCGUAGAACAAGAUGUUCAACAUAACUGUACUAAUUGUGGGAUUUCUAUGGGGAAGUACUUCUGCUCAACAUGUAAUUUUUUCGAUGAUGAUGUCUCUAAGAAACAGUACCACUGUGAAGAAUGUGGAAUUUGCAGGACUGGAGGAAAAGAGAACUUCUUCCAUUGUUCAUCAUGUGGUUGUUGUUAUCCAAAGACUAUGAAGGGUACACAUAAGUGCUUGGAGAAAGCAAUGCAUCACAAUUGUCCUGUUUGUUGUGAGUAUCUAUUCGAUACAACAAAGGAAGUCAGUGUACUUUCUUGUGGGCAUACAAUGCAUUUGGAAUGUGCUCAACAAAUGGAGGAGCAUUAUCAGUAUGCAUGUCCUAUUUGCUUGAAGUCUAUGUAUGAUAUGUCGAAAGUAUGGAAGAAACUCGAUGAAGAGGUCGCUUCCUCACCAUUGCCUGAAGAAUGUCAGAGGAUGGUGCGAAUUCUUUGCAACGAUUGUGAGGUUAAUUCCGAAGUCCAAUACCAUGUGGUGGCACAUAAAUGCUUAAACUGUCGUUCCUACAAUACAAAACUCAUACGAUGAGAGUUCAAGUUCACUGAUAGUCAGAUUGUUCAAUGACUGGAAAUGGAAAGAGUGUUACAGGAAUUCUUAGUUCCUAUGUUGCUCUUUCAUAAAACCGUACCAGGGAACACUCGGUAAGAUACCGAGACAACACAAAUUCGUCCACAGAUUCAGGUUCCUUACAUUCAGAAGAAGGGAAUGAGAAAAAGAUCCUUUUCUCCCCUGCUUUGGCCUUGAAAGGCUGUUAUUGUUAAUAUGUCUGCUAAUUUAGGCCUGCAGUUCAUAUUCUGAGCAAGGCUCAUGCUGUAGUUCUUUUCUGUUGAACUUAUUGUUACUUCAAAUCUAUUGGUUCGCAUAUAUUUUAGUGAUUGCAUUGUUCUAUCA